AUGUACGGGCCUUCCGCGGAGAGUUUGAUGGUACAAGUCGUCAUCUUGCAGUGUAUCAUUUGGGAGUUGUUGGAGACGAAUGCUGAGAUAGAGGACGAUGGGAAGCUUCAUGUCAAGAUGAGGAAGUCGAAUGUUUCGAGGCAGUCCGUUUCCGGGUUGGGGCUCGGCGGGAAUGGUGGAGUCGGGUCAUUUUCCGGGUUGACCCCUCGCCCGUCGAAUUUGUCCGGCACUGAGAUUUACAUCCUGAGCUCGUCGUGGAAUCCGACUCCCAGGGGUUGGAAUUUGAAGCUGGCGGAUUUCUAUUCGAUGAUGGGAGUCCAGGGGUUUGGGUCGGGGCAGGGUCAGAGGGUUUAG